AUGAGACAACGAAAGAAUACAUUUCAAUUUGCAAACAAGAAUAAUUAUUCAAAUAGUCUGACCACCACCAACAACAAUAGUGAUAGUAAUAAUAAUAAUGAUGAUGAUGACAAUGAUGAAGAUGACAAUGAGGAAACAACAACAACUUCAACAACUACAAAUACUGUAAAUGUAGAGCAUGUCACAAAAAGACAAAGAAAGAACAAUGGAAUGACUUUUAAUUCAAAUAAUAAUAAUAACCCAGCAACAACUGUUAUUGGUGGAUCAUAUCAGUUUAAUAAUAACAACAAAAGAAUUCAUUUUGAUGAUGAUGAUGAAGAAAAGGAUAAAAGUAGAACGUCCUACAAAGAAGAUGAAUUAAAGAGUAAGCUCAAAAAAGAUUUACUUGUCAUUUGUGAAAGAUUGGAUAUUAGAGCAACAAUGAAUCAAACCAAAGAUACAAUCGUCAAGAAUAUCAUAAAGAUACAAAAUGAUCGAUUCCAAUACAAAACCAAAAUGAUUGACAAUAAUCCUUUAUGUAACUUCAACAAAGGAUUACUUGAAUAUUCAUUACCAUGGCCAAUCAUCGGUAGAAUACUCGAUCUAGUUUGGACUGAAUCAUCUAUUUGUACUUGUUACUAUAGUCACAAAUUCAUUAAUAGUAUACAAACGCAAUCCCCUUCGAAUUACCAAUUGUUUUAUCACUUUCAAAUGUGGCCAGUCUAUCAACCAUUGUUGGACAUGUACAAAGAAUCAAGAAUGAAAUGUCCAAUGCACACAUACCACUAUUUGAACGAUAUCUAUCCAUCAAUCAACAUUGGAGGUCCGUUUGUUUGUUAUAGUAACAAUGACCGAAACCAAUGGAGAUACCAACUACUUGGUAUAUCUAAACGAGUCAACCAGUUUCUGUCAUCCAAAUACUUUAAUAAUGUUAGACUUGUAUUCAACCAAGACCUUUGGGGACACAUCAACAACCAAUAUUGUCCAAUCAAGACGCCAAAACAACUUACAAUCGUUCAAAGCUAUGACUAUCAAAACUUUGCCGGUCUCAAUACUCUGACGUUUGCAUCGGUUGCAAAGUUGACGAUCAGUGAGGGCUUGUACAUUCCCCCAGCCUAUCACAAGGGUAUGCAAGAUAUGUUCAGGAAUAUCACAUCGCUGACUUUACGAGGUUACCUUAAAAUGAGACCACAAUUCCUAACCAAAUUCAAGAAUCUUACAUCGAUCAAAAUAACUUGUGUACCAAGAAAAAGAAAUCGACAAGAAUUCUUGGACGUUCUUCAACCAGGUAUUGUAAAGCUUAUACUGCCUAUUGCAUGGUGUGCCGAACCAGCCACACUCUCAACCGAUCUAGCCAACACAAUUCAAGUCAGCAACAUUAUUCCACCAUUGCAAAUGCCAAACUUACACACCUUCCAUAUCCCCCCCACCACCCACUUCCCAUCAUACGACACGUCCUCCUCGUUUAAUCACCCCAAAAUUAAAAAGAUAGUCAAUCACAACUUUCCAACGUCAACAUUCACCUCUCUUCCCCCUCCAACUGUUGAAACCUUAAAAUUCGUUAGAGAUCACUCCAAUAAUAAUUUCAAUACUGAUAUUUUUAGUGAAUUGAACGUCAAACAACUCAUGAUACAGAGUCAUUAUGAAAUAUCAGAUAAAACGAUAAAUGAUUUUAAAAGAUGUGGAUAUGAAUAUCACGGAACAAUAUUUAAAGCAACAAAAAGAUGGCUAAAUUUUAUUAAAACAACAACACCAACACCAGAUAUAACAAUUGAAACAACACCGCCAGAAAUAAUACAAGUACCCACCACAUCAACAACAGUCAACAAUUCAACACUUCCCAACUAUUUAAUCGAAAAGAUUUUCAGAUACUCUUGGAAUAGUUAUUAUUGUACUUGCGAGAUUGAAACAAAUACAUUAAAUCCAAACCAAUACCAUUAUCAAAUAACAGAUUAUGUAAAACAAGCAAAAGAAUUUGUCGUGGCCAAAUCAAUAUGUCCAAUACACAAAUAUAUUUUACCAAGUUUUGGUACAUAUAGAUAUGAAAGUGUACUCAAACAAAUCAAUCAACGUCGAUUUGGAUUGACAUUGACAUGCAAAAGACUAUUUGAAUAUAUUUCAAAUCGUCUUGUCAAUCGAGUUGCAUUCUCAUAUGAAGAAUCUGAAAUAUCAAAAUACCACCAACACUUUUCAAAUCAAUAUUGUCUGAUUGGUAAAUCCAUCAAAAGUCUCACCAUUGAUAGCUACCACAACUCGGGUGACCAAAGUUGGGAGUUUCUCGACCUCCACCACUAUUCAAAUGUACAACAUUUUAUGUAUGAAUCCUGCAAUCCAUACUUUUUUACAAACAUUGGAAACUUUAUCCAAUCAUUGUCUCGUUUGCAAUUUAUUACUUCAUUGGAUCUAUCACAUAUGAAAAUAGAUCCAGGCAGUGCAAGUGCUCUUCAUAAAUUAAAAGAUAUACCACUUAGAAAACUAUACUAUUUUUAUCCAGACAACCAAUUUCUAUUCAAACAACAACAACAACAACAACAACAAGAUGACGAUGAUCCAAAUAGAUGGCGAUUAACACAAUCAUUGGAAGCAGUAUCAAUCAACUCUUUUGAUGUUAUUUCAAAGUUGGAUAGGUUACCUAAACUCAGACAUUUAAGAAUCAUUAUAGAUAACUCCCCAUAUCCACAAAAUGUCUCAUUGACAGAUCAACAAAUUCAAACACAACUUCCAUCCAACAUCACCAAACUAUCAUUCAAGGAUACCAAUAUUGCCCAAAUCACAACCUACAGUACUUCCAACUACCAACGACCAUUUAUUCCUCAUCAAAGUAACUUUGAAUUCAUUGGAACCUUUUACAGCAGUACUAGAAUAACCAAUGCACUCCAUCAUACAUGGGUUUAUCAAAGAAAGAAGGAAUACAAUAUAAAUUAA